AUGAAGCCCGUUACCAGGAACGCAGAUUCCCUGAAGAGUUUGACAGCAAGGCUGAAGGGGUUUACAUUAGCUUUAAGUAACAUUAGCCAGUAUGUUACGAACUUUAAGGAGGGUCGCGAACCUGUCGCUCAAAUUAAUGUUUGUCUCGAGAAGUUAGAUGUAUUGUGGGUUCAGAUAAGUGAGGAAAUCUGGGAAAUACAAGCGCACGAGGACUUCACGGAGCCUGAAGGUUUACAGAGGGAGCAGUUGGAGAUGGAGAACCGCUACUCCGAUGCGAAAUCGUUUCUGGUGGAGAAAGUGGGAGAGGUUCAGCAUAAUUCCGUCCAGAACCAGUCGACUCGUCCUGGAGAUGUCACUCUACGUUUUGGUAUGGACCACGUUCGCCUACCUCAAAUCCAGCUGCAGAGUUUCGACGGGAACAUCGACGAUUGGCUCAGCUUCAGGGAUUUCUACACAUCUCUGAUCCAUGAGAAGGCAGACCUACCCGAUGUGGAGAAAUUCCACUAUCUCAAGGGGUGCUUAGCAGGCGAAGCUGAGGCACUAGUCGAUCCGCUUAAGAUCACGAAGGACAACUACCAGGUUGCGUGGCAGUCGUUGCUGAAACGGUACAACAACAGCAAGCUUCUACGGAAGAAGCAAGUGCAGGCUCUCUUCAAACUGUUGUCCCUCACCAAGGAGUCAAUCGCGGAUCUUCACAGGCUGGUCGAUGGAUUCGAUCGUGUGAUUCUGACCCUGGAUCAGAUCAUCCAACCAGCCGAAUACAAAGAUCUGUUGCUAGUCGAAUAUCUAAGUGCUCGUCUCGACCCGAGCACACGACGAGGAUGGGAGGAGCACUCGUCAAUGAAGGAUCAGGACACCGUAAAGGACUUGCUUGAGUUCCUGCAGCGGAGAAUCUAUGUUCUCGAAGCUUUACCAACGAAGGUGGAGUCAAAAGUCUUCGAGCAGUCACCACAACGCAGAAGAAUGCCAUAUUCACCGAAGGUCAGCAAGAACGCCGUACAGUCGUACAACACGAAGUGUCCGCUGUGUGCGGAAAUCCAAGGACUUCACACAUGUCCAUCGUUUCUAAGGAUAUCGUUGUCUAGUCGGGAGUCGUUUUUGCUCGAAGCAUCCCAAUUGCUUCAAACGUGGUCACAUAGCUCGGGAGUGCACGUCAAAGUUCUCCUGUCGGCAUUGUAG